AUGGCGACCGCGGCCUCCAAAGAUUCCCCUGAGGGUCAGAAAAAGAAGACCCCCAGUGCCUUCCGCUCUAUUCUCGCUGGGUCAACCGCUGGCGCAGUUGAGAUUGCCAUUACCUACCCUGCCGAAUUCGCCAAGACUCGUUCCCAGCUCAAUACCAGGUUAGCCGAGGGCCAGAAGCUCCCAUGGCCACCGUUUGGCAAGCAAUGGUAUGCGGGAUGUACGACACUGAUCAUUGGAAAUUCUGCCAAGGCCGGCAUUCGAUUCGUCGCAUUUGAUCAGUACAAGCGAAUGCUUGCCGACUCCGAUGGAAAACUUAGCGGUCCCCGAACUGUGAUCGCCGGCUUCGGUGCUGGUGUGACAGAGUCUCUGCUUGCUGUGACGCCGACAGAGAGCAUCAAGACAACGCUCAUUGAUGACCGAAAGUCGGCCAAACCACGAAUGCGCGGCUUCCUCCAUGCCGUCCCCAUCAUCGCUCGCGAAAGAGGUAUUGCCGGAUUCUUCCAGGGCUUUGUCCCUACGACCCUUCGCCAGUCAGCCAACUCCGCUGUUCGGUUCAGUACCUACACCACGCUUCGCCAGCUCGCCGAAUCAUGGAUAGCUCCAGGAGAGAAGCUCGGAACUAUAUCUACUUUCACCAUCGGCGGUAUGGCAGGUACUGUCACCGUUGCCGUCACCCAACCCCUCGACACCAUUAAGACGCGAAUGCAGAGCAUUGAAGCCAAGCAGCUUUAUGGGAGCACGAUCAAGUGUGCGGUGUCCAUCUUCAAGAAUGAGGGUGUGCUCACAUUCUGGAGCGGCGCACUACCUAGGCUUGCCAGGUUGGUGAUGAGCGGCGGUAUCGUAUUCACCAUGUACGAAAAGAGUAUGGAGUUGAUGAACAGGCUGGACCCGGAGAUGAAGUACAUCUAG